AUGACCACCGUAAUAAGUGACUCAGAAUCCGACACCGAAAUAUUUGAAGCCGCACUUAGAGAUAUGGAAGAAGCCGUAAAACUGCAACCUAACAAGAAGCCCACAACAGGUAAGUCGCAAACUGAAAAGAAAAGGGAGAAACUCCUGGAGCUGUCAAAAGAUGGCCUCAUAGAAAAACACGCAAACUUCAUAAGAAAGUCAAACAAAAGUGUUGUAGACAAAUUGUAUAAUGAGUAUGAAAACCAAAGGAUGUCAUGUGCAAGUGACUUUCUAUCGACACUCAUUAUCUCCAAGUUUGCGUCAGUACUAGGAAGUCUCAAUGCAGUGGAAUCAUCAGAGAAACUGUCAGAGGAACUGCUGAACGACAAGCUUUUGAAGGACGACGUGGCAUACCUCACAAGAACGAUAUCCCCCAACAUCCCAUUCAUAGGACUCAUAUCAGGGUGAUGCACAACAGCCAUGCAUGUAGUCGCCCACUAGUGGAAGGGGGAGGAUGUAUCCGAAGAAACUAAACAUAUCCUAUUAAAUACAGAUUGCCCCAAAUCGGAGAACCGUACGAGUGGGGCAAUCCUUGGGAAGAAACAGAAUUCGAAGACAUAAUUAACGAACUGACCCAGAAAACUGAUGAGAAUAGGGAGAGACUUACUAAGUUGGAGACAACAGUAGAAGGCAUUCAGUAUGACCUCAAGUCUCCCAUAAAAGAGACAAUUAAGGUGGUGAAUAAUAUUUACAAAAAAAAUUCAGAAGUAUAG